CAUUACGUUAAUUAUCUAAACAUGUAUUUAUUCUAUGUCACUAUUUUAAUCGUAAUCAAUAUAAAUGGAAGUGAAACAAAACUGAAUCGCAAUGUUUUGUUUAUCUUUGUUGACGAUUUGCGACCUCUGGUGGACGAAAACAUAAACUUGCCAAAUAUUCAAAAUAUGGCGGCAAAUGGCAUUAGUUUCGAAAACGCAUUUGCUCAACAAGCGUUGUGUGCGCCAAGCAGAAAUUCCAUACUGACAGGUCGUCGACCCGAUGCGUUGCACCUAUACGAUUUUUACAGUUACUGGCGGACUUUCAUUGGAAAUUUCACAACAUUACCUCAAUACUUUAAACAAAAUGGCUAUGAAACUUACUCUAUUGGUAAAGUGUUCCAUCCUGGCCAAAGUUCUAACUUCAAUGACGACUACCCGUACAGUUGGUCGCACGUUCCUUACCAUCCUCCUACAGAUAAAUAUAAGGAAGCGGCAGUGUGUAAAGAUCGAAGAACACAAAGAAUGCAGAAGAAUCUCAUAUGUCCCGUAAAAGUAUCAAAACAGCCAGGCAAGUCAUUGCCAGAUUUGCAGUCUAUAGAUUACGCUAUUGAAAUACUGAAGAGGACCAGUAACAGUACUAAGCCAUUGUUCAUAGCUGUUGGAUUCCAUAAACCUCAUAUACCUUUGAAAUUCCCUAGGAAGUACUUAGACCAAGUCCCGAUAGAGCAAGUUCGACUUCCGAAGUACCCACACAAACCAGCUGCAAUGCCUCUAGUAGCAUGGCAUCCAUGGACUGAUGUUCGCCAGAGAGAUGAUAUUAAAAGCCUUAACAUAGACUUUCCAAUGGGCACCAUGCCCAAGAAAUGGACUUUGAAAAUAAGACAAAGUUACUAUGCAGCUGCACUAUAUAUUGACGAUUUAAUUGGAAAACUCUUAAGCUACGUCGAUAUGAAGAAGACUAUUAUUGUCCUAACUAGCGAUCAUGGUUGGUCGCUGGGAGAAAACGGACUUUGGGCGAAAUACAGCAAUUUCGAUGUGGCUUUAAAAGUCCCGCUAAUAUUCAGCAUACCAAAAAUGGCACACAAAUCAUUAACCACUCCAGUGGAGCUAAUCGAUAUAUUCCCCACAUUGGUCGAUUUGGCCGGAUUACCGUACGUGCCGAAAUGCCCUAACGAUACAGAUAAGGUUAUUUUAUGCGUACAGGGAAAAAGUUUAUUGCAUUAUAUGAAUAGGUUUUCGGAAGGCGAUAAACAUAUUUCAUUCUCCAUUAGCCAAUACCCGAGGCCUGGAGAGUACCCAGUGAUUAAUUCGGACAAACCUCGUCUAAUGGAUAUAAACAUCAUGGGUUACAGUAUUAGAACAAACAGAUACAGAUACACAGAAUGGAUAUCGUUUAAUAAUAAGUUAUUUACACGCAAUUGGAAUAAAUUAUAUGGCGUAGAGUUGUACGAUCACAUUACAGACCCAGAUGAAUCAAAUAACGUAAAUACUAAUCCACAAUAUAAAUAUAUAAAAAUAUAUUUAUCUAAACUACUAAGAUCACAAAUAGAUCCAAAAUAACUUUGGUUUCUAAAUACUUGUGCGUUGCACAACAUAAUUAUUAAACUUAACAUACUAUAAUUCGGAUUUUGUCAAAAA